CACAAAAUGGUCGGACACGAGACGGGCGACACACGGCCACGUGGCACAUGGCCCACGACGACACGGAAGCGGCCUCCGUAUUUAUAGCGACCGCGUCAGCUCAAGCAUGCGCACGCCAUGAAGGUCUCCUCCUGUCAGGUCCCUCCGUCGCACAGCAAGAAAGAAAGAGAUCCUGUAUAACGCGUGUCCGUACGGCGCUCCGCGAAUAAAAAGAAAAAGUUAAGCAAAUCGAGAGAAGCCUCAUUUGCGUAAGUUCGCGAACCGUGCCGACACCAAGGGCGCCUGGCAAAACCGCCCACAUGGGCGGGCAGCUGGGUUAUUGCAACAGAGCACCAACAUUAAAGAAGACGCGAGCCUUCCUGCUUGCACCCGGCCACCCCUUUCUCGUCACUUAAUAGGCGCGAAAUGCUGGCGCCUCGUGUCGAUCACGGCGGCCCGGGGAGGACGCGCACACGCACGCACACACCUGUCUGGCCUCUUUCUCUCGACCUGACACCAAAGGCGACCAGCGACGACCGCGGCGAAGCACGGACGUCCGUAGAGAGAAUCUGAACGACUCCGAGCUCGGGGCCAGGAAGUGCCGCGAAGACACCAUCGAGAGGCUGAAGCUCCGGUCCCUUCUAUAGCCGAGACGCACCAAGAGAUGGAGACGAGGGUCGUUAGUGCAGCCGUCUGCUGCAUCGUAGCUUUGGGCGCCUUGCGCGGCGUGAGGUGCGACGAGCCCAAGUGCGAAGACACGACGCGCCGGCACGCGCUCGUGCCCGAGUACACGUGCUCCGGCUUCACCAGCGCGGAGGACUUCGCGAAGCACUUCAAGAAGGCAGCCGAACCCGGGGCGGACCUCUGGUUCAUCCUCAAGGACAGCAAGCUGGAUUACAUUCCCGCAGGAUUUCUGGGCGAGCACCGGGCGUCGAUGCUGGAGUUCAGCAACGUCACCCUCGGAUCGUUCUUCGAGCCCGGCUCUAACCGCAGCCUCUUCUCUGGCCUGGAGCCGUCGCUCAAGCGGGUCACCUUCACGCUCGGCAGCACCCUGCCUAGCACGUGGGCCACACUGCGCCCGCUGGGGAGGCUCGAGGAGCUGGUCUUCUUCGAGAUGACGGGCCUCAACCUGACGCGCGACUUCAACGAGCUGCCCGCGGGUUUGCGCAAGGUGGUGAUAGUCCGCACAGGAGUGGGCAGCGUCGACGACGACUGGCUGUCUUCGCUUCUGAACCUGGAGAACGUUCGCAUACAGAGUAGCACGCUGGACCGGUUCACCAGAAGCAUGCUGCCAAGGCCCGCGCCCAGGCUGCGCAAGCUCACCAUCGGGGACAGUUCUCUGAUGUCAUUGCCAGAAGACUUCGGCGCUGACUUUCCCGUCCUGAAACAAGUGAAUCUCCGUCAGAAUCUCAUAAGCAGCUUCAGUGAGCAGAGCCUGGCACCGCUAAAAAAUAGCAACACGACUGUUGUGCUGUCAGGAAAUCCGGUACACUGCGACUGCAAGAUGUCGUUCCUGCUCACCUACCCAGACUCUUGGACGUACCCGGAGUGCGGCUCACCCGAAGCACUCAGUGGGGUUCCCCUCAGGGAGCUCACUCCGGAGAAGCUCGGUUGCACUGAGCAGAAGGAACCCUGAGAAAUUCAGCUGACUCGAACACCCACUUCACAGAUGACAAUGAUAAAGGUUUCGACCGGUAUACCUUUGUUUGUCUCUUUGGAACGCGCUCCCCGACAACAGAAUACUAGAAUUCAUUCAUUCAUUCAUUCAUUCAUUCAUUCAUUCAUUCAUUCAUUCAUUCAUUCAUUCAUUCAUUCAUUCAUUCAUUCAUUCGGCUGUUUGGCCAGUUCCAGAAUGGCUACGUACGUGCAAUCUUAUGUAUACAACUGCAGACUCAGUACGAUAUCCUUUGCCGCCCACGAUGGUAUUUUCCUUGACUUGGCACAGGAGCAAGCUGUUAUGGCAAAUCACCGUUCUACGCCCCAUCACCAGACCUCACCCCCUUCCUUGUUCGUUAUAAUUACGUUUACAAUGAUCGCACUACCAAAGAAGUCACCAUAUUCUACAAUUCACUGCAGCACGAAGUGGAAAUUAACAACAACAUUCAUUGCGCACACAAGAGCCGAUAACAGAGAUUUUCACGAAUUAUGGCGUGAACCGAACUGUUACUGAUGUUCACACACUCUGCCAGUUCAUCGAUGCUUAUCCUCCGUUCUUGUCUCAUCAGCUCGUCAACCUUUGCAAUUUUGUUGGGGGUGAUUGCACGAUGGCUUCGGCCGGGUCUUGGAUUGUCUUUGCAACUUACCCGUCCUUCUUUCAACUGUUUACUCUAACGCUUCACAGUGGCCAAUAAAAUGCAAUGUUCAACGUACACGGCAGCCAUACGGCGACUAAUUUAUUUUUGGCAAACACCUUCAGCUGUCAAAAACCUCGUGGCACCACGCUGCUCAACUUCUGAAGAAUCCAUUACGUCACGCAACCAUGUUCAACCCAGUGUAUGAGAACAUUAAAUAACAUUGACCCUCACA